AUGGUCAACUCCUGUUGUGGCUCCAUCUGCUCUGACCAGGGCUGUGGCAAGGAGACCUGUUGCUGCCCCAGCUGCUGCCAGACCACCUGCUGCAGGACCACCUGCUGCCGCCCCAGCUGCUGUGUGUCCAGCUGCUGCCAGCCCUCCUGCUGUGGUUCCAGCUGCUGUGGCUCCAGCUGCUGCAGGCCUAGCUGCUGCAUCUCUAGCUGCUGCCGCCCCUCCUGCUGUGGUUCCAGCUGCUGUGGCUCCAGCUGCUGCAGGCCUAGCUGCUGCAUUUCCAGCUGCUGCCGCCCCUCCUGCUAUGGAUACAGCUGCGGUGGCUCCAGCUGCUGUGGCACUAGCUGCUGCCGCCCCUCCUGCUGCAUUUCUAGCUGCUGCCGCCCCUCCUGCUGUGGCUCCAGCUGCUGCUGCCCCUCCUGCUGCUGCCCCUCCUGCUGCCUCCGCCCAGUCUGUGGCCAGGUCUCCUGCCACACCACUUGCUAUCGCCCCACCUGUGUCAUCUCCACCUGCCCCCGCCCCAUGUGCUGUGCCUCCUCUUGCUGCUGAGACCCUUCCCUGUGACCACCAACUUUGUUUACCUCUGUCCCACAUUUGUAGACCCUCCUUUUGUGCUUUUUAAACACAUGGAGUGGAAAUGAUGCUGCUCAACUGAAUUGGGCCUUGAUUCCAUGGAGGAACCAAUCACACUGUUGAAGAAGAUGGAUGUGGCAUGCAGCUUGCUUACACAGUUGCUUAUACAGUAACAAAUUUUACCCUUUGACAAUUGGUGAAAUCAUUCUCCUAACUUCCCUUUUCUAGGCCUUUACUGUAACCUGAUA